AUGGAUUCAUUUGCCAUUACAGAGGGUUUGCUUCCUCAGGACCAACAUGAUGACCAGCCUGAAUCAAUCAUGUCCAGCAAAUUGACCGAAGAGACCAACAAGUUCCAACGUGCCAUUGCAGCCUGGAGAGGUAUUGAUUUGGCCAAUACUAUCGCAAAUCUCGAUACAACUGCUACGGAUCUCGUCGAACAACAGCGUGUCGCACUUGUGCAAAGAAAGGAGCUGGCGCAGAAGACGAAAGACUACAAGAAGCUAGAUGAUGAAUCCAAGCUUUCAGAAUACAAGGCACUGCUGAAAUCUUAUCAGUCCUUCAUCGAUCUCUUGACCAAUCAAGGCAAAACAUCAUCGUCUUCAUUCUUACAACUAUAUUCUUCGCUGUCCGAGGCUCCAGACCCAUACCCACUCCUCGAAGCUUCUGUCGAUUCCCUUGUCCUGUCCGAAGAUACAGUUCCCAAACUUACCUCAGAACGAGACCAAUUGCAGAAGUCAGUGGAUCGCCUCACCAGACAACAAGAGGACACCGAGAAGCGCCUGCAGGAGGAACGCGCUGCACGGAAGAAGCUAGAGGAAAACCAGGAAUCAAGAGCCAAGGAGAUCGAAGCGUCGUGGGAAGCUGUCUUGACAGAAAAAACAAAUAACUGGGCGGCAAAGGAGAAGACUUUGGAAGAGAAAGUGGAAAAUCAGGAUCGGUUGAUUAAGGAGCUCAAAGCAAGUUAUGAGGUCUCCCAACGCCUAGGUGAGGGUGAGAAUCAGGGUGAUGAUAGUGAAGGUUCGCGAAGUGGCGCGACUGCAGCUGAGCUCGAGCUUGUCUCGGCCGAUUUAGAGAAAACAAGCUUGAGAUUAGCUGAUGUGGAAGCACGCAAUGAACAAAUGCGGCUGGAGCUGGCUCAGGCGGCAUCACAUGCAUCUGGUCCUGUUUCCGUUGAGGAUGACCCCGAUUAUCUACGACUCCAGUCAGAGAACUCUUCCUUGCUUCGGAAACUGGAUGCUGCACGAUUCGACAAGGACUCGGAACGGCAUACCUGGGAAGCUAAACUGCUUCAAUCUGAACGAGCAGCUUCAAAGGCAGCGGUGGAAAGGGAAGAGUUACGUGUGCGUUUAGCAAAGGUAGCCGACUACGAUGAGAUCCGCCGGGAGCUGGAGAUGAUCAGGUCGAUCGAGUUUGCAGCUGGUGAUGAUGAUGAGGCUGCGGACGGUGCUGGCGACGGUGCUGCGGCGGGUACCAAUGGUGACGAGGUCAAACCCAAGGACAAGAACUCCCUGGAACAACUCCUUAUGGCCCGAAAUAAGAAAUUGACGGAUGAUCUCACCCUUCUGCGAGUGUCGCAUCGCGAUAUCCAAGAUCAACUCGAAAGACUGCGGGAUGAGCUUUCGAGUUCGAAGGGAGAGCUAGAAAAGUCGCGAACCCUAUCAACUACUCUUGAAAACGACCUCCUUCGCGUGCAAGAGGAGGCCGCCAAUACAUUCCCAUCUUCGGCAAUGUCUAUUGCAGGAACCUACAACUCCAGGUACCCCCACUCUGCCCGUCGGGGCGCAUCCUCGCCCACCUCAUCCAUCAUCUCUGGCUUUGAUCAGAGUGCCGUCUCGGCAAACACCAUGGAAUCUAUUCGCGCAGGAGAAGCCGUUGGUGGUGGUUCCGGCCUCCUGCCUAUGAUCCAGGCCCAACGAGACCGCUUCAAGAAGAAGAAUGCCGAACUCGAAGAAGAGCUGUCAAAGCUAUAUGCCACUGUCAAGUCCCUCCGACAGGAAGUUGCAUCGCUCCAGAAGGACAACCUGAGUCUUUACGAAAAGACACGAUAUGUCUCGACCUACAGUCGUGGUCAGGGUGCCUCCACAUCUGCAUCAUCGUUUGCAAAUGCCCCCAGCUCAACCUCUGUCUAUACCUCUGCAGACACACCUUCGGGUCUGUCCCUUGACCGAUAUCAGAAUGCCUACGAGGCUCGAAUCUCACCGUUUGCCGCAUUCCGGGGCCGUGAAUCAACGCGCGCAUACAAACGCAUGAGCCUACCCGAGCGAAUUGUAUUCUCUCUCACUCGAGUCAUUCUUGCCAACCGGACGAGUCGGAACCUGUUCGCUGGUUACUGCUUUGCACUCCACCUUCUGCUUUUUACUGUGCUCUACAUGAUGAGCACAACGGAAAUGGAGAAGCAUAGCGCUAUGGGCGCCGUCGGUAGUGCCGCUGCUGCCUACGGUAGCAGUGGAGGAGGCACGGGGAGUGGGGGCCAGCUGCACGGUGAUGACUGGCAGCAGGAAGGUUUCGACUAA